UGGGUCUGGGGGCGUUCCCGCCGCCAGGCAUCAGCAAUCUAUCCAGAGCCGAGGUGGCGCCGCACGCUUGCGGGAAACCGACACGUUAGCGGAGCAGCCCGCGAGACGUCUUGGCUGCAGUUGCUGCGCCCGCUGGACGAUGGCGGAGGCCUCGGACAAGCUCUACCGAGUGGAGUACGCCAAGAGCGGGCGAGCCUCUUGCAAGAAAUGCAGCGACAGCAUCCCCAAGGACUCGCUCCGCAUGGCCAUCAUGGUGCAGUCACCCAUGUUUGACGGGAAGGUACCACACUGGUACCACUUCUCCUGCUUCUGGAAGGUGGGCCACUCCAUCCGGCAGCCUGACAUUGAAGUAGAUGGGUUCUCUGAGCUGCGGUGGGACGACCAGCAGAAGGUCAAGAAGACUGCGGAGGCUGGAGGAGUGGCAGGCAAAGGCCAGGAUGGAAUUGGAGGCAAGGCAGAAAAGACACUGGGCGACUUUGCAGCAGAGUAUGCCAAAUCCAACAGAAGCACAUGCAAGGGCUGUAUGGAGAAGAUAGAAAAGGGCCAGGUGCGCCUGUCCAAGAAGAUGCUGGACCCAGAGAAGCCACAACUGGGCAUGAUUGACCGCUGGUACCAUCCAAACUGCUUUGUCAAGAACCGGGAGGAGCUAGGCUUCCGGCCUGAGUAUAAUGCCAGCCAGUUUAAGGGCUUCAGCCUCCUCUCUGAUGAAGACAAAGAAACUCUGAAGAAGCAGCUCCCAGGCAUCAAGAGCGAAGGAAAGAGGAAAGGUGACGAGGUAGAUGGAACAGAUGAGGUGGCCAAGAAGAAGUCUAAAAAAGAAAAAGACAAGGACAGCAAGCUGGAAAAGGCCCUCAAGGCCCAGAAUGAGCUGAUUUGGAACAUCAAGGAUGAGCUGAGGAAGGUGUGCUCCACCAACGACCUGAAAGAGCUGCUUAUCUUCAACCAGCAACAAGUGCCAUCUGGGGAGUCAGCGAUCUUGGACCGUGUUGCUGAUGGCAUGGCAUUUGGGGCCCUCCUGCCCUGUGAGAAGUGCUCGGGCCAGCUGGUCUUCAAGGGUGAUGCUUAUUACUGUACUGGGGAUGUCACUGCAUGGACUAAGUGCAUGGUCAAGACACAGACUCCCAACCGGAAGGAAUGGGUGACCCCAAAGGAAUUCCGAGAAAUCUCUUACCUCAAGAAAUUAAAGGUCAAAAAGCAGGAUCGGAUAUUCCCCCCAGAAACCAGUGCCCCAGCGCCUGUGGCCCCCCCACUCUCUGCAGCCUCAGCACCCACAGUUAUGAACUCCUCUGCCCCAGCAGAUAAGCCACUGUCCAACAUGAAGAUCCUGACACUUGGUAAACUCUCCCAGAGCAAAGAUGAAGUGAAGGCCACGGUUGAAAAGCUCGGGGGCAAGUUGACAGGAUCGGCCAACAAAGCUUCCCUGUGCAUCAGCACUAAAAAGGAGGUAGAAAAGAUGAAUAAGAAGAUGGAGGAAGUAAAAGCAGCCAAUGUUCGUGUCGUGUGUGAGGACUUCCUCCAGGAUGUACCUGCCUCCACUAAGAGCCUCCAGGAAUUGCUCUCAGCCCACAAUUUGUCCUCCUGGGGGGCCGAAGUGAAGGUAGAAACUGUUGAAGUAAAGGCCCCCAAAGGGAAGUCAUCCGCACCCUCCAAGAAGAGCAAGGGCCCUGCCAAGGAGGAAGGUGUCAACAAGUCUGAAAAGAGGAUGAAAUUAACUCUCAAGGGAGGAGCAGCUGUUGACCCUGACUCUGGUCUGGAACACUCUGCACACGUCCUGGAGAAAGGUGGGAAGGUGUUUAGUGCCACACUUGGCCUGGUGGACAUUGUCAAAGGGACCAACUCCUAUUACAAACUGCAGCUUCUGGAAGAUGACAAGGAGAGCAGGUACUGGAUCUUCCGGUCCUGGGGCCGCGUGGGCACAGUGAUUGGCAGUAACAAACUGGAGCAGAUGCCAUCCAAGGAGGAUGCCAUUGAGCACUUCAUGAAGUUAUAUGAAGAGAAAACUGGAAAUGCCUGGCACUCUAAAAACUUCACAAAGUAUCCCAAAAAGUUCUACCCUCUGGAGAUUGACUAUGGCCAGGAUGAAGAGGCAGUGAAGAAGCUGACAGUAAAGCCUGGCUCCAAGUCCAAGCUCCCAAAGCCAAUUCAGGAGCUUGUUGGGAUGAUCUUCGACGUGGAGAGCAUGAAAAAAGCCCUGGUGGAGUAUGAGAUUGACCUCCAAAAGAUGCCCUUGGGGAAGCUGAGCAGAAGGCAGAUCCAGGCCGCCUACUCCAUACUCAGCGAGGUCCAGCAGGCAGUGUCCCAGGGCAGCAGUGACUCCCAGAUCCUGGAUCUCUCCAAUCGUUUCUAUACCCUGAUCCCCCAUGACUUUGGAAUGAAGAAGCCCCCACUCCUGAAUAAUGCAGAAAGUGUACAGGCCAAGGUGGAGAUGCUAGACAACCUCCUGGACAUCGAGGUGGCCUACAGUCUUCUCAGGGGUGGGUCUGAUGACACCAGUAAGGACCCCAUUGAUGUCAACUACGAGAAGCUCAAAACUGACAUUAAGGUGGUUGACAAAGACUCUGAAGAAGCUGAGGUCAUCAGGAAGUAUGUUAAGAACACUCACGCCACCACUCACAAUGCCUAUGACCUGGAGGUGAUAGAUAUCUUUAAGAUAGAGCGUGAGGGAGAAAGCCAGCGCUACAAACCCUUCAAGCAGCUUCACAACAGGAGGUUGCUAUGGCACGGGUCCAGGACCACCAACUUUGCCGGCAUCUUAUCUCAGGGUCUGCGGAUAGCCCCACCUGAAGCACCUGUGACAGGCUACAUGUUUGGGAAAGGGAUCUAUUUUGCCGACAUGGUAUCCAAGAGUGCCAACUACUGCCACACAUCUCAGGGAGACCCCAUUGGCCUAAUACUAUUGGGAGAAGUUGCUCUUGGAAACAUGUAUGAACUUAAGCAUGCUUCGCAUAUCAGCAAGUUACCCAAGGGCAAACACAGUGUCAAAGGUUUGGGCAAAACCACUCCUGACCCUUCGGCCAGCAUCACACUGGAGGGUGUAGAGGUUCCACUGGGGACUGGGAUCCCAUCAGGUGUUAAUGACACCUGCCUGCUGUAUAACGAGUACAUUGUCUAUGACAUUGCUCAGGUGAAUCUGAAGUAUCUGCUGAAACUGAAAUUCAAUUUUAAGACAUCCCUGUGGUAAAAUGUGAGCCCAGCACCCCAGGGACUGAGGGGAUAAAUUCCCCCAAGGUGCCCAUGCACCCAGGACACACCGAAAAACCUCAGCUAUGCUGCAGAGGGGCAUUACCCUCGCUGAAUCUCCUUAGGAAGGAUUUUAUACGAACAGGUUAAAGGUUUCCUAACGUUUCAGAUUCCUUCUUCCAUGUUGGUUUGGGGCGGGAGGGUUUGGGGUUAUAUCCUACCAGGCACAGCCCCGGUAGAUACAGCUGACAGUAGAGGAAACACUGGGGAGAGGUUUUUGUUUUGUUUGCCUAGACUAGUCCUGAGGAAAAAAGCAAGCUACAUCACGGUGUCUGCCUUACUGGUCUCUCCAGGGAGGGAAAAAUGUGCAUCCUCCCCCUUUUUAAGUGUUCAUCUUUAGUUUUGAUUUUGGCAAAAUGUUAUGCAUUUAUUUUGAGCUAAAAAUAAAAACUAAUUUCAUACUAUGUAGGUUUUCUUUUUUAAGAAUCUUGUGCUUGUCCCUUCUUAGUUUUUGAGGCUUUUGUUUUGCUUUGGGUUUUAUGAUGGACAUGGAGAGAUGGAAAGAGGGAGCUUCCUCUUGACGCACUUAACCAAAGAAGCUCUCACAAUACCUAGUUCGUGCUUGAUUCUGCAUUUGGAAUUCCUGAUUUAUCCAUGAGCAAUUUUGUCUUCCAAAUUGAAACCAUCUGUAAUCACCAGUAUAGCCACUUAAGGGCUAAUCAUUCUCAAUUAAAAUGCAAAUGGCUCUCCA